GUUGUGUUCGCGCUCCGGUGCCUACGUAUCCUUUAUCCUGAAUCAGGGACCUCGACAUUCUCGGAGCCUGUUAGCCGCCACAUUGGGCCACAGGUUCGGCACACACCUGUGCGCUAUCUGCCGUCGCUGCGCCGCUGCUCCUCUGCUCCACUGCUCCACUGCUCCACUGGCGGAACUUGGCAACCGAUUGGGCAAUAAUAACCGUCAUCAGAGAAAGAGUCCACCGAGAACAAAUGUCAGGCAGCAUGCUUUCCCCGUUGAGUGUCCUUUUUCUUGGCAUUAGAGCAGCAGUUGAUCGGACCGAGAACUGAACGUAUACACAGCAGCAGCACUGAUAGUGGUCAUUACCAUGACACUCCUACAGAGACUUCAGGCCAUGUCCACCACCACGGCCAGGACGAUGCUCGAGGGCAGCAUCGGUGUUGGCGAUACAAAGGAGCCACGUCUCCAGCUCCACUUGCACCCAAUGGAAAGGCAGCGGUUGCCCGUGCUGGAGGACUCGGCGUCACAUGCCCGAUAUUUGAAAUUCAUUGCCGAGGGCCUCAUAGAUGAAGGAGGACUGGGCAGCGCAGGCGGGAGUGGGAGUAGCAUCGCUGUGACCGUCGAAGACGUUGUGGCUGGACAGGCGCAGGAUAUGGACGCCGGCGACGCCUCCUCGGAGGACGCCGACGGCAGCACACAUCUGACAUUAGUCUUCGUCAAGUGCUUCGUUAUUGGUUUCAUCAUACUGGCCGCCAUCCUAGGCAACAUGCUGGUGAUUGUGUCCGUCAUGCGGCACCGGAAAUUGCGCAUCAUCACCAACUACUUUGUGGUUUCACUGGCCGUCGCCGACAUGCUGGUCGCCCUCUGUGCGAUGACAUUUAAUGCUUCCGUUAUGAUCUCGGGCAAGUGGAUGUUCGGUUCCGUGAUGUGCGACAUGUGGAACAGCUUUGACGUCUACUUCUCCACCGCCAGCAUCAUGCACCUCUGUUGCAUAUCCGUCGACAGAUACUAUGCCAUUGUCCAGCCGCUUGACUAUCCACUAAUUAUGACCCAGCGACGGGUGUACAUCAUGCUGCUAAUGGUGUGGCUUUCGCCGGCAUUGCUCUCAUUCCUGCCCAUCUGCUCUGGAUGGUACACAACGACCGAGAACUACAAGUAUCUCAAAUCAAAUCCGCAUAUAUGCGAGUUCAAAGUGAACAAGGCAUACGCCAUAGUCAGCUCAUCGAUGAGCUUCUGGAUACCCGGCAUCGUGAUGCUGUCGAUGUACUAUCGCAUUUACCAGGAGGCCGACCGUCAGGAGCGCCUGGUGUACAGAUCCAAGGUGGCCGCCUUGCUGCUGGAGAAGCAUCUGCAGAUUAGUCAAAUUCCCAAGCCGCGCCCAAGCAUCCAGGUGGAGCAGUCGACCAUAACGACAAUGAGGCGGGAGAGGAAGGCCGCCCGCACCCUGGGCAUCAUAAUGAGCGCUUUCCUUAUCUGCUGGCUACCCUUCUUCCUCUGGUACAUCGUGUCCUCGCUCUGCGAUAGUUGCAUCACGCCCCGCCUCCUGGUUGGCAUCCUGUUUUGGAUCGGAUACUUCAACUCGGCCCUGAAUCCCAUUAUUUAUGCAUACUUCAAUCGCGACUUCAGGGCCGCCUUCAAGAAGACCCUCAAGAGCCUCUUUCCCUACCCGUUCUCCUUUUGCCGCCGCGGCGGAGGACGGGACGAUGACCGGGACUUGGAAUUCGGUGGCCCCAGCCGUAGGGGAACGAAUGGAGCCAGGGCUGGGUCUGGAUCCGCUGAGAUGCCCAACUGCGUCAACUCCACGGCCUCGUCCGAGAUUCACAUGAGUGUGAUGCGCGCCCGUCAAUAUGUCGCCACGCCCACCACAGAUGCCCAGAUGCAGCAGUUGCAUCCACUUUACACCAACUAAAGGGGCGUAUACUUGAUUUCAGUUGCAAUGCUUCAUCGAUGUGGGUGCUUUCCCUCCCAACCGGCCAGAUUAAAAAGAAAUAACUCAACAACACUCACCCACAACACCCACUCUCCGGCUGAAAGCUAAAAGAAUUUGAGCACGAAUAAUAGCCACAGCAACCACAAACAAAACGACAAUCCCACAGAUUAAAGAAAGCCUUCGAGAGCAGAAAAUUUGACGUGCAAAAUGAAUUGAAAUAUAAAUGAAAAUGGAAAUAUUCCAAUGGCAUACUACAUAUUUAGUAUGUGUCAUGGAUAGGAUGAAGUCGGGAGUUUCACAAAAUAAUCGAUUGACAUUUAGAAAGAGAUGUUUAUAAAUGCGAAAUGCAGCUAAUAUAUAUGUACAACAUAAUAUUGAAUGUUUGAUAUACGUAUUUGAAAUGCUAGAUGUUAUCCUAUAAAAUACUCCCCCCAUACUUGAUUUCCAGCUCUAAUUUCGUUUCCCAUUUCUCUAAGAAGUGUUUUGUCAUUAAAAUAAUCUUGUUCA